UGCGCCCGGCCUGGAAUGAUUUUGGAUUACUUAAUUUGAGGAGUUUUAUUAUGUGUAUUUUGUUUUUUGUGUCUUCUUUAAUAAUCACGUAUUUUCUGCAUUCUUUAAGUAGGAGGAAUACUGUUGAGGUUCAAAAGCAUUGCUGUUUCUUUUAAGUAGUUCCUUAACUGUUCACAAUGUAGCCAAGGGUAUGAAGUCAAGUCUAUGACUGAGCAAAGGAAAAAAAGGAAGAAUAUUCAAGGUGUUUGUGCAAGAGAAUAGUUAGACCAGGCUGGCUAGAGCAGUGUUUAUAGAGGCAUAGCAAGAGAUAUGUUUGGCAGAUUUAGGGUAGAUUCAGCGUGCCAGUAAUAUGCCAGGCCAAGGAAUGUUGCCCCUUAUGCGGGAGAGCUGUUGAAUGUUUUUAACUUUGGGAAGGUCAAUGGCAUAGAUAUCUUGGUGCCAGUUAGCCACUGUGCAGAUGGCUUAAGCCAGGGGUUGGCAGACUUUCUGUAAAAGGCCAGGCAGUAAAUAUUUAGGACAUCGUGGGUCACAGUUGUAGCAGGAAAGCAGCCAUAGCAGCACAUGAUUGAAUGGACAUAACUGUAUUCCAAUUAAACUUUAUUUAUUUUUUAAUUAAUUUAAUUAAUUGACACAGACUCACUCUAUCACUCAGGCUAGAAUUCAGUAGUGCGAUCUUGGCUCACUGUAACCUCUGCCCUCCAGGUUCAAGCAAUUCUCCUGCCUCAGCCUCCUAAGUAACUGGGAUCACAGGUGUGUGCCACCACGCCCAGCUAAUUUUUGUAUUUUUAGUAGAGACAAGGUUUUGCCAUGAUAGCGAGGCUGGUCUCAAACCCCUGAGCUGAAGCAAUCCACCUCCCAAAGUGCUGGUGUUGCAGGAGCAGCUGCAAGAAACAGAGCCCUCAAACACCAAAUGACAAUGGCCAAAAACAAAUUAAGAGGGCCGAAGUCCAGGAAUGUAUUUCACAUAGCCAGCCAAAAAAACUUUAAGGCUAAAAACAAAGCAAAACCAGUUACCACUAAUCUUAAGAAGAUAAACAUUAUGAAUGAAGAAAAAAUUAACAGAGUAAAUAAAGCUUUUGUAGAUGUACAAAAGGAACUUGCACAUUUCUCAAAAGGCCUUUCACUUGAACCUCUGCAGAAAGAACUGAUUCCUCAGCAGCGUCAUGAAAGCAAACCAGUUAAUGUUGAUGAAGCUACAAAAUUAAUGGCUCAGUUGUAAAACAGUAGUGAUUCCCCACAAAGACCAAUAAAUUAAAUGUUUUAUACAAUUUUA